AUGAAGACGUUCACCAUUAACUCAUCUAUCAGCGAAGUCAUUAAUUAUGACAAGUUCCGUGGAUUUGGCCAUCUCAUCUUCCCCACCGAAUUCGCCCACAACAUUAAUUCGAUGAAGAUUAAUCAAGUUUCAUCCUUAUUGCCAUACCACAGCAAUAUUUCGCCCACAGAAUCAGUUGAUUUGAUCAAUAAAUUAGUUAAUCGUAUCGAUUCUGGUGAAACCAUAUUUUAUGAAAUUUAUUCUAAAUCAGAAAAAGAAAAAGAUCCACAAAAAGAAAACACAGGUCUUUUCUAUUUCCCAGGAGAGCCUAAUGCACCUUUUGCCGUAAUUUGCGCAAGAGGUGGUUUCCAGUACGUUGGAAGCAUUCAUGAAAGUUUUCCUCAUGCUGACUACCUUAGUCAGCAGGGAUUCAAUGCAUUUGCCUUAGCAUAUAGAACUGGAGGGGCCGAUGAUGCAUGCGAAGAUUUAGCAAAAGCAUUGAAUUUUAUAUUUGAUCAUUCCAAAGAACUUAAUGUAAGCACAAAAGGCUACUCAUUAUGGGGUGGCUCAGCUGGGGCAAGAAUGGCAGCUUACCUCGGCUCUUAUGGCCCUCAGUCAUUUAAUGGGAAGCCAAUUUCUCGUCCAGGUGCUAUCAUAAUGCAAUAUACAGGGCAUACCGACUUCACAAGGAACGAUCCUCCCACAUUUGCUGUGUGUGGUACUAAUGAUGGCAUUGCCAACUAUAGGAUAAUGGAAAGAAGAAUUAAUAAUCUUAAAUCUGCCGGAAUUGAUGCCGAAUUCCUUAAAAUUCCAGGAAUGUCACAUGGAUUUGGCUUAGGUAAAGGCACAAAUGCUGAAGGCUGGAUCGAUAAAGCAAUUGAAUUUUGGAAGAGGCAAUUAUAA